GAAACAGCUAAUUCUAGCAAUAAAAGAGCUAACAUGCCACCACUGGUUUCUUAAUUGUAAACAACUUAUUUGUGUAUUUUUUAAAAUAAACUCGAAAUGGCUACAUUUAAACCAAAAUUUCUGAAGCCAGACACAGACGAUGCAAUUGAAGACAACAGGACCAGCGAGCAGCAAGACUCCGCCUUUGUUUUCAAUGCAAACCACAAUUUGGGCUUGAUUGAGCAGCGAGAACGUUUGCCUAUACGAAAAUACAAGGACCAAAUACUCUACUGCUUGGAGAAUUAUCAAGUAGUUAUAUUGGUGGGCGAGACCGGCAGUGGCAAGAGCACCCAAGUUCCUCAGUAUCUGUACGAAUAUGGAUGGCAUACCAAAGGCUUCAUUGGCAUCACCGAACCCCGACGAGUUUCCACCAUAACUCUGGCUAAUCGGGUGGCUCAGGAACGAGGAGAACUGGUUGGCGACACGGUCGGUUAUGUGGUCCGCUUCCAGGAGAGGAUUACUCCUGAGACCAAAAUCAAAUUUAUGACCGAGGGAAUUCUGCUGCGGGAACUCCUGGCCGACCCUCUGCUUACACAGUACGGAGUUAUCAUUGUAGAUGAGGCCCACGAGCGAAACAUGCUCACCGACAUGGUUUUGGGAUUGCUUAAGAAGAUUUUGAGGAAACGUAGCAACCUCAAGAUCAUCAUAUCCUCGGCCACCAUUGACGCGAGUUUCUUCAGCGAGUUCUUCAGCUGGCCUGGGUCUGGAGAAGUUAGUGUGAAACUGAGCAUCGAGGGACGCAUGCAUGCGGUGACUAAUUUCUACCUGAACGAACCGUGUGCCGACUACGUGAAGGAGACGGUGGAAACAGUAUGGAAGCUUCACCAAAAGGAGCCACCUGGCGACAUUCUAGCCUUUUUAACCGGCCAGGACGAAGUACUGGAGGCAUUGGAUCUGCUGCGAGAAUAUGUUCGUAGCUCGGAGGUGGAGAACCUCAAAGUACUUCCCAUGUACGGCAGCAUGUCGAGCACCGAUCAGUUGGCUGUGUUCUUCACCCCUCCGAAGGGCGUGCGAAAGGUAGUUCUGGCUACAAAUAUUGCCGAGACUUCCAUCACGAUACCGGGCAUCGUUUACGUGAUAGACUGUGGGUUCGUCAAGGUCAAGUGGUACAAUCCAAGAACUUGUAGCGACAGUCUGGUGGUUGUGCCCGUAAGCAAGGCUUCGGCAGUUCAAAGAGCAGGUCGAGCGGGUCGUGUAAGGCCUGGAAAAGUAUACCACUUGUACACCAAGGCAGAUUACGAUUCCCUGGUUCCAAGACAGCCGCCCGAAAUGCGACGCAGCGAAAUGAGUGGAGCGGUGCUCCAAUUGAAGGCACUAGGCAUAGGCAACAUCUUGCGCUUCGAUUUUCCCUCUCCUCCGCCGGCUCAAAAUCUGCUAUCAGCAUUGGAAACCCUGUUUGCUUUAGACGGCAUCGAUGAGCAGGGAAAUCUCACCAAGCCAGUGGGCUAUCUGCUUGCCGAACUUCCUUUUGGGGCUAUGCUCUCGAAAAUGCUGUACGUAUCGGGCAAGAUGGGAUGCUCCGAGGAGAUCAUUACCAUUAUAGCCAUGCUCCAAGUGCAAUCCGUGUUCUCGCGUCCAGUUUCUGCGGUCGCCCAACAGAGUGGACGGAUCGCUCACCGUAACUUCGAGGUGGCUGAGGGCGAUUUUAUCACACUUUUGAAUAUUUACACCGCCUUUGUGGAGGAGGGCAGGACGAAGGAGUUCUGCGGCCAGUACUACCUCAUCUAUCGGAAUCUGAAGCGCGCCUACGAGCUAAGGGAGCAGCUGAUUACGUUGGCCAGCAAAAAGUAUGGCAUCCCGAUCUUCUCCUGCAAUGGCGAUGUAAAAACGAUAUGCAAAUGCAUAACCGCUGGUUUCUUUACCCAAGUGGCUUAUCUGCAUCACUCUGGAGUUUACAGGCAGAUAAGCAGUGGAACCGAGCUGGCCAUUCAUCCCGAAUCCACGCUGUACACGUUGCCCCAAGCUCAGUACGUGGUGUAUGGAGAGUUGCUCCAGACCACCAAGCUGUUCAUGAAUCACGUUACGGUGAUCCAGCGGGAAUGGUUGACAGAGUUGGCACCACAUUACUACCAACAAACAACGGUGCGGGAAUAGCAGAGAGUCGAGUCUGCAGCAUAAGAAUGCAACGCGUCCUCGUCCCUGGAACAUCAUCAUGGAUUCUGGACCGCGAAUGACCCUGUACAUCAGCUCCCAACACAUCUUGGCGGGCAACAGGCUGCAGUAAAAAUAUAGUUGAGAAAAUCUGAAGAUUCAUAGUUA